AUGGAGAGGGAGGCAGCGUGGGAGGGCCCUGGUCAGGGAAGGAGGUGGGAAGUCCUGGAGAACAUUGCCCAGGGGCCGGAGUGCAAGGAGGGAGGAUGGUGGUGUGAGUGCAGAGACAGGGAGCCCCAGAGAUCUGCGUUUGGGCGCAAAGCCGCCUUCUCGGCGCUCUCCAUCCUGGUGGCCCUGCUCAUCGUGGGCCAGGCCGUGACCGUCUACUUCGUGUACCAGCAGAGCGGGCAGAUCGACAAGCUGACCAAGACCUCACAGACUCUGCAGCUGCAGGCGCUGCAGAAGAAGAUGCCCUCGAAUGCUAAACCUGUGAGCAAGAUGCGGAUGGCCAUGGUGAACAUGCCCCUGGCCAUGAGGGAUCUGCCGCUUUCCCCCUCUUCGGACAGGAUGCCUGCAGAUAUCAUGGGGCCCGUCAGCAACAAAACGGAGGAUCAGGUCAAGCACCUGCUGCUGCAAGCAGACCCACAGAAGAUGUUCCCAGAGCUGAAGGACAACCUGAUGGACAACCUGAAGCGUCUGAAGAAGUCCAUGACUGAUGCGGACUGGAAGUCCUUCGAAUCCUGGAUGCACAAGUGGCUGCUGUUUGAACUGGCCAAAAACCCCCAAAACGGCGAGAAGAAGGUGAUCCCAGCGGAGAAAGUGCAGACUAGGUGCCAGGUGGAGGCCAAUUUUGGUGGUGUCCAUCCCGGUCACUUCCGCCCCCAGUGCGAUGAGAACGGAGACUACCUUCCCAAGCAGUGCAAUGCCAGCACGGGCUUCUGCUGGUGCUCCUACAAAAACGGCACCAAGAUUGAGGGCACUGAGACUCGGGAAAAGCUGGAUUGCCCUGCUGCGCCCAGGGCCGUGGAGCCGGAGGAGAUGAUCUUCUCGGGGGUGGAUGUUCUCAAGCUGGAUGCAGGUGAGAGGAGCUAAGUAGAAGAGGAUGCCUCCAGGUGCCUUGUCCCAUCUUCAGCGUCCCCGCUCUUGUUUUUGCUCUAUUUCAUAAGUGCUUUUAUAUUGCUCUUUCAGAAGCUAUUAAUAGCAGGCAAUCCCGAGCACUUCUGCCCAGGCGUUAAUUCUCCUCCCCUAUGCAGGCCAUGGAAGUGGGUUGAUCGUAUGC